CCAGUUACACCAACCUGACUGCAGAGAGAGACCUGUUACAGACCAGUUACACCAACCUGACUGCAGAGAGAGACCAGCUACAGACCAGAUUUGUGGAAGUGACAAAUGAAAGAGAUCAAUUUAAGAACAGUUACACCACUGUGAUUCAUGAGCUUCAGAAUCAGAGAGUGCAUCAUCAGAAUUUCUCUAAUUUGGAGAAGGUAAUGCAACAGGGUUGGAAGGUUUUCAAAACCAGUGUGUACUACAUCUCUACUGGAGAGAAGAGCUGGAGUGAGAGCAGACAGGACUGCAGAGAGAGAGGAGCAGACCUGGUGAUCAUAAACAGCAGAGAAAAACAGGAGUUCAUCCUUAAAAAUCUGGGCCGCAGUCGAGCUUGGAUUGGUCUGACUGACAGUGACACGGAGGGAGUCUGGAAAUGGGUGGACGGGUCACCACUGACCACUGGGUUCUGGGAUCAAGGAGAACCAAAUGAUGAUCAGAAUAAUGAGGACUGUGCUGAGAUUUGGGAUUUGCCAAAUAAGAACGGCUGGAAUGACAGACCAUGCUUUUACAAAGAAGGGUGGAUCUGUGAGAUAGGAAUUUUCUGAUACUUACUUAUGAAAUGAUACCAACCCUGAUCCUGGAGAUCAGCCUUCUUGUGGACCGUAGUUUAAUCACAGUCUGUCACACCUGCUCCCACUAAUGAACUUCUUCAGAAGGCCUUGAUUGGCUGGAUCAGAUGCAUUAGUGUUGGGUAAUGGGUGCAGCAUCAGAUGUAGGUUAGAACUAAACUCUGCAGGAAAGUAGAUCUUGAGGAGGAGAGCUGUGGUCACUGAUUUACAUUUACAGUAUUUAGCAGAUCCAGAAUGACUCAAAAAGUGCUUCACUGUCCACUCAGAUAAUGUAUCUUAGCUUUACUAUGUUAAGAGUCUAAACACACAUUCACUGUUUAUUAGUGUCUAUAUAAUUAUUAGUGUUUAUUAGUGUCUGUAUAAUUAUUAGUGUUUAUUAGUGUCUGUAUAAUUGUAUGAACUCAGUUAAGUGUCCCUUGAGCACUCAUGUCCAGACACUUCUGUGCUAAAGAGGAGGGUCACAUGACUGUAUUAAUUGUAUUAUUUUGGGAAGUCUGAGAACCAUCAGGGGGCAGUAGGUGAGUUAUGAUCAUGUGAUCCUCUAUUACAGUUAAACCUACCGAAUUUAAGAUCCAGCAUAUCUGUAUCUUUAUCAUAUAUUUGUAUCUCCAUUUUUGUCAUUUUUGACAUUUUGCAUAAUUUGAAACUUCUAGUAAUCUUUUGCAUGGUUUUA